GUUCACUGCUGCUAGCUAGCGGCUCCGGUUGUCCUCGUCGGCGUUUACCGCAGUUCCCCGGGCAGGAAGCCGCUCACGGAACCAUCGGUUGGAUCACCCCACCGCAGCGGGAGUGCGUGGAGCCGCGGACAAGCGGGGGACGCAGCGUGGGAGCGGAGCGGGGCCGUUGGAUGUGUCCGCGCGGCAGCCCCGGGUUAGCUGGAAGCUAGCAGAGCAGAAGCCGGGGGGAGGAAUGAACCAUAAGAGCAAGAAGAGGAUCAAAGAGGCGAAACGCAGCGCCAGGCCGGAGCUCAAAGACUCGGUGGACUGGACCAAACACGGAUACCAUGACGCCUUCGACGUGUCACACUCCACCGUCAAGGACAAUGUGGAGCGGGUGGACGCCGUCCUGCUCAGUCCAGAGGACUUCAUCAAGCGCUUUGAGCGCCCGUACCGGCCCGUGGUGCUCCAGGGCUGUCAGGACACCUGGCCCGCCCGUGAAAAAUGGACUCUGGAGCGCCUUAAACGCAAAUAUCGCAACCAGAAGUUCAAGUGCGGGGAGGACAACGACGGCUACUCGGUGAAGAUGAAGAUGAAGUACUAUGUGGAGUACCUGGAGUCCACGCGCGACGACAGUCCACUGUACAUCUUCGAUAGCAGCUACGGUGAGCACGCCAAACGCCGCAAGCUGCUGGAGGACUACCAGGUGCCCGUCUUCUUCAGGGACGACCUGUUCCAGUUCGCCGGGGAGAAGCGUCGCCCGCCGUACAGGUGGUUCGUGAUGGGCCCGGCCCGCUCUGGAACCGGGAUCCACAUCGACCCUCUGGGUACCAGUGCCUGGAAUGCCCUGGUUCAGGGCCACAAGAGGUGGUGCCUGUUCCCCACCAACACUCCGCGGGAGCUCAUCAAGGUGAGCCGGGAAGAAGGAGGCAACCAGCAGGACGAGGCCAUCACCUGGUUCAGCGUGGUGUACCCCCGCACGCAGCAGCCCACCUGGCCCGCCGAGUUCAGACCCCUGGAGAUCCUGCAGAGGCCCGGGGAGACCGUGUUUGUGCCUGGUGGUUGGUGGCACGUGGUCUUGAACCUGGACACCACCAUCGCAGUCACUCAGAACUUUGCCAGCUCCACCAACUUUCCCAUCGUGUGGCACAAAACGGUGCGCGGGCGGCCCAAACUGUCCAGGAAGUGGUACCGCAUCUUGAAGCAGGAGCGUCCUGACCUGGCAGCGCUGGCGGACAAAGUGGACCUGCAGGAGUCCACAGGCAUCGCCUCAGACAGCUCCAGUGACUCUUCAUCAUCAUCAUCCUCCUCCUCGUCGGACUCCGACUCUGACUCGGAGGCUGGCUCGGGCUCCGAGGGCGACGCCGUCUCCCACCGCAGGAAGAAGCGGCGGACGUGCGGCAUGUCGGCGAACGGAGACACGAGCGGCCAGGACGACUGCGUCAGUAAGGAGAGGAGCUCGUCUCGGUGACGUCCGCACGCCGCACCUCCUCCCUCAGACGUCUGAACCCGGAGGGGGAGACCAGUCAUCACUGUGCUCGCCACGAGGCGGCGGGACUCCUCCAGACUCGCCUCCCGCUGCAGCUGUCCAGCGUUCCGAUUAGUUCUUCUUUUAACAAACUGUUAAUAUCCUGUCCGAUUGCUGAGCGCACACACAGGAAGUGACAUCACAGUGAGGAGGAAGUGCACAAAUUUUCUUGUUAAUUCAGCUUUAACAGGUUUUCUGGCUUUUGGGUCUCCUCCGAGAGGAGGUGCAGCGUGAGGAGGAGGAGGUGCAGCUGCUGCUGCCGCUGCUGCUGCUGCUGCCGCUCGGUGCACGCCACGCUUUUCACCACUUCCUGAAAUGGCAGUAAGUGAGCGGGUGUCCACCUGAGCUUUCAGAAUAAAGUGCCUCCAAAAAGCCCAGUGUCUGCGCGUGUGGGCGGUGCCUUCCGGUGGUGGGAGGGGCCUUUUGGGUUGUGGGAGGAGCCUCUGACUGUGAUGUAAUGACUGUGUUUGUGUUGUUGAAUAAAACCUU